ACUACACUGACCAGCGUGCCCCGCGCUCUGCGCCCCCUUCUCUUUCAGCUUCGGGCUCGGGGGAGGCUCGGCGGACCUGACUAGGAACGGAUAUGGCGGCCACUCUGGGCAGCGGGGAGCGCUGGACACAAGCGUACAUUGACGCAGUUAGAAGAAACAAGUACCCAGAAGACAGAGCUCCUGAGACUCAUGAUCCCUGUGGUUGCUCUAACUGCAUGAAGGCGCAGAAGGAAAAGCAGUCUGAGAAUGAGCGGAAUCAGACCCGCCAGGGUGAGGGGAACUCCACUUACACUGAGGAGCAGCUGCUUGGUGUACAAAGGAUCAAAAAAUGCAGAAAUUACUAUGAAAUUCUGGGAGUUCCUCGAAAUGCCAGUGAUGAAGAGCUUAAGAAAGCUUACCGAAAACUUGCACUGAAAUUUCACCCUGACAAGAACUGUGCUCCUGGGGCAACAGAUGCCUUCAAAGCCAUAGGAAAUGCCUUUGCAGUCCUGAGCAAUCCUGACAAGAGACUUCGCUAUGAUGAAUACGGAGAUGAGCAGGUGACCUUCACAGCCCCUCGAGCCAGACCUUAUAAUUAUUACAGGGACUUUGAAGCUGAUAUCACUCCAGAAGAACUAUUCAACAUCUUCUUUGGAGGACAUUUCCCUACAGGAAAUAUUCAUAUGUUUUCAAAUGUGACAGAUGACACUCACUAUUAUCGCAGGCGGCACCAACGUGAAAGGACACAGACACAGAAGGAAGAAGAAGAAGAAGAAAAACCUCAGACUACAUAUUCUGCUUUCAUUCAGUUACUUCCUGUCCUUGUGAUUGUGAUCAUAUCUGUUGUUACUCAGCUGCUGGCUGCGAAUCCCCCGUACAGUCUAUUCUAUAAGUCGAACCUGGGCCACACUAUUUCUAGAGAGACCCAGAACCUGCAUGUGCCUUACUUUGUGGAUAAAAACUUCGACAAGGCCUACAGAGGAGCUUCUCUGCGCGACCUGGAGAAGAUGAUAGAGAAAGAUUACAUUGAUUACAUCCAGACAAGCUGCUGGAAGGAGAAACAACAAAAGUCGGAGCUGACGAACUUGGCGGGGUUAUACAGAGAUGAACGACUGAAACAGAAAGCAGAGUCGCUGAAACUUGAAAACUGUGAAAAACUUUCCAAACUUAUCGGCCUGCGCAGAGGAGGCUGAGAGGAUGAUGGCUUAUGCGAGGCUGGGGUUUUGUUACUUGUUACCAUUUAUGUUCCUAAUCCCAUUUUAUAAUACAAAAUUAGGAAAUGGUGAACAGUUUGCUAUUAGCUAACUUUGUUUGUUGGGCAGAGUUGCAGGAGCUUCAGUCUAGAGCCAGAACCCUUCCUGGCAUUGGCUCCAGGCCCAAGGAAUGGUUUGGCCAGGUUAAACCAAUGGCCAAGCAUUCGAUUCAGUCCCCCUGCUCUGUGAGUGCAGCUCAGGGCUUCCCAGAGUAGAGCCAUAUGGUCUUUGUUUAAAAUAAGUUUACUGAGGUCUCAGAACCCAGGCUUUCCUAGGCUUGGCCCAAGCUGCUUCCUAGGAGUCACUGACAAUGUCUACCAAGCAUUAUACCUCUCCCUUCAUCAGAGUCAUUCUGUCCCCCAGUCCAGCCUUCCCAACUGCUUCCUCCUCAAGUCGGUUUUCUAAGGGGAACAUGGAGAAACUUCUACAGCCAGUAGUUUCUCCUGUCCCAACAUCUGCUCACUUAGUACCACUAGCAAACUGCAGGUUUGAGGUUCUUUUAUAUCUUCACCCUCUCUCUGGCAGAAGCUCUAGAAAUGAAAACCUAUCGAGCUGUGAAACAGUGCAGUGGACAGUGCCGCAACAGGAGGCGGGGCUGUGGGUGAGGGUGAAAGGCGAGACCGCCUCUCAGUUCCUCAGUGCAGUUUGCCCAGGCCAUGGUAGAAUGUUCCAUUUUGUUCUGUUUUGUCAUUCCGUUUGAUAUCAUCAUGUAGUGUUGUCACACUUGAGCUGCACCUCUACACCCCCACAGAGGUAACAAUGUUGUUACCAGCCAGCUAGCCAGGCUGCUUGCUGAAGCCUAGGGAGAGGCAGACACACAGAGGUAUCUGUGGCUGUGGGGUCCACCAUGACCCAGCAGUCAUCUUGUGCUCUUUAGUUCAUAACUGGAGUUGCUGUUUGUUCAUUUAGUAUUUACAGCUCUGUGAAGUUGAUGCAUUAUCUCUGUUUUCAUGAAUGAGAACGUGGGUCCAGAAAGGAAGAAUGGCUGACCUGUAUAGUGGCAGAACUGGAUCAUAGUCUGGUUACUAGAUGGAGACUGUGUAAGAUCGUCCUCCUUUCCCAGGUGAUUCUAGUGGACUGGCCAAGCAGAAUCUCCCAGGGAUGCCUCUGUCCCCUGCCCCGCUCCGCACCCUUACUGUGGCAGCCCUCUGUCCCUCAGGAAAACGUCCCUGCUGGCCUUUAGGAAGCAGCACUCUGUCCACAAGAGCAGCACUUCCUCAGGGACAGGCAGCUCUUCCCACUGCUGAGCUGUGUGACUCCGGCCUCCCUGUGGAGGGUAGCUAGCAGGUCUGGGCUGCCCACAGUGUGCUGCAUCUCUGAACAUGGAAGGAUCAGGAAUGGCCAUGGUUGACACUCCAUGUUGUCGUCAGGUUGGGAGACAAGUUCCUGUUGGAGGAAGAGUCUACAUGAAAACUGACUCCCAAAGGAGAGUUCCUCCUUUUGGAUGCAUAGCUGUGGUUUAGACCAAAACGUCUAGCUCCACUCAACACGUGGGUAUUGCACAGGGGCCGCUGGCUUCACAGGGCCUCCCUGACACCCUCUCUGAGGGAUGGGGAAUUUGCACUUUAAAAUGUGUCCAUGAGUCACACAGGCUCAUGGAAGGUUGUUUCCUACGCAACAGAAAUCAAAGCUGUCCUCUAACCAGCCCCAGCCUCUGCUACAGGAUGGGCCGUCAUCAAACUGGACAGGUUGGGAGAUCCUACUCUAGAUGCCCAUGAAUGGGGAAGUCACACCUUUUUGCAUUCCUGGCAGCGAUGCAUUGUAAUUAGGUGUGACAACACUAAACAGAGGCGAUACUAAUUCCAUUCAAUGUCAUAGAGUUGUCUUUUUAUGGCACUAAUGGUACUGUUAUCUAUCACCCACAGUUUUUCUCAAGUGAACUGUAUUUGCUUUUGGUUAAAGGAUAGUUUAAUCUAUUUGGUACUAUCCAGAACAUUGCUUCACAUUCUUGGUUAUGCUUUAGAUGUGUUGUCCACAUGGUGGUAAAAUCAACUUUUGCCUCCUGCUUCCAUUCUUUGAAAGGUGUCCUGGGUAGAUAAGUUAUUUGGGGAAGGCUUAUUCUUGCUGUUGGAACUUGGCCAUAGCUGUAGACUGUUUCUUUGAGCAUGACUGCAGAUUGGAGUUGUGUGAUGGGAGCAGGCUAAGAAAUAGGGCUUGAAGCCCGAGCAGAAACAGAAGUUGCUCUCUGCACCACAUGAGCAAGUGCGCAGAGGGGAGGAUGGAGUCCCUCUCCUCCUAGAGAACUGUGCAGUGUGAGGCAACCUGGGUCCCAGGACAGCAACUCUGCAGCCUCUGUUGAAGCCUGGAGGUGUCCAGGCUUUCCUGAUCAGCUCCAGACCUCACGACUUGGCAGAAGUGACCAGUAAGAAAGUGUCAUUGCCAUGCUUCCUGUUGGAUACUUAAGAAUUACGGCAAACUCCCAACCCACUGGAACAUGGGAUGCAGCAGCCUGGCCACACUAUGUGCUACCCUCGUUUUCCUCCCCACACUCAGGACUGGCUUUGCGAGGAGGCACUGCUGGGAUUCCAGCAGGUUUCUGUUACACCCGACCACGCAGGCAAGUUUCUUUUCUCUGCAUGCACUCCUCACAGGGGAUAGCACUUAGUUUGUAUUUAUUUUGGACUCAUGUAACGUAUAAGCUUAGGAUCCUAAUAUACUUAUUUUAGGAAAGGGUCAAGUUACUGUACCUCCUAUUUUUUUGAGCCUGCAUUGUUGACUCCUUGUGCAGUGACCACCAAGGAACUAUAUACCCACAUGCUAGAUGUGGGUCCCAUUAUUUACAUUGCAUUCAGUAUUGAAAAUUAAAGAUGUGAAUGUUCUGUGACCAGAGUCAGGGAUGACACUGAUAGUGGCGUAAGAAUCCCAAAAACUCUGGUCCCCUGACCCAUUGCAUUCUGGAUUGAGUGUAUUUUAGCAAAGAAAAACAUUAAAUGAUUUUAUAUAAAAAG